AUGGACUCAUCGUCGUCUCUAUCGGAAGAUGGGGGAAUAGACAUGGUCGCACCGGAUUUUCAACUUGAUCUCCGAGAUUUAUUGGAAGACGAAGCCGCACAAUUUGCAAGCCCCAAAAAGAAACGACAAAAAGUGAAUGGAGAGGUUCCAUAUAUACUGGUUCCUUUCCUCCCUGCACCCUCCUCUGGCAAUGAGUUGUUCCAAGUCACAAAUAACAUGCGUAAUAAUAAUUGCAAAAAAGACGUCUUUGGACUUGAAGAAGAAGAUAUAUACUAUGAAGCCCAGAUCAACAAUGCCAAAAUCGAAAAGCUCGUUAAUGAUCUCGGUCUCACACAAAAGGACUAUGAGUUAGAUGACGAAUUGCGCACGAGAAUCUACCAGGGUAGAUUCAAAAAGCACGAAGUUAUGAGAGCCGACGAAUUAGAUUUCAAACUCAAUGCGUUCUUAGACAAAGAAAACAUCAACAUGGACCCUUCCAAAUCAAAAACCAACGACAAAAUCAAAAAAUCAAGCAAAGUAUUCUUUCAAGCACCUCGAAGACCUACCAACAAAUCGCAAAUUCCGGUGCUUCGUCCCCUCUCCAAUCUCACCAAUUUCGACAUGAACAAACCACAUGACAAGAUACUGCGAUCACCAAACCGGAUCUGUGCACCCAAGAAGACCAUUGAAGCCGGCCGAAGUUGUUUGAAAAACCAGAAAGAAUUAAUAUAUAUAGUGGAGCUGCUGACCGGAUUGGUUAACGAUGCCACUCAAUUUGCAACCGAAUUAAACUCGUCCAAUUGCGAGGGCUUUCCACUUCCAGAGAACAUUAGCGAGGUGGUACAAAUCCCCACCAAUGAAGAAACUGGACCGGCAAAGAAGAAACCCAAAAUGGCCCUUAUUAGAGGACUUACUCAUACGCAAACGGCUGCGAAAAAAGACAACAAAGACCAUAGUCUUGGUUUCUAUACACGAAACCAAUUUGAUGCUUAUAGGCUGCAAGUUUCUACGCCCUCAUCGGGAGUUGAAGUGGAAACACAGGUGAAAAGUCCGAAACCGAAACGAGUGCUGUGGGCACCUGACUUGGUAUGGUAA